AUGGCUUUCACCAAGAAGGUGACACUCAGGAGCUCAGAUGGCGAACUCUUUAUAAUCGACCGUGCUGUUGCUCUCCAGUCCAGAACCAUCCAGUACGUUCUAGAAGACACCAAUCCAGUCGACGCUUUCAUUCCAGUACCUGCGGUCGAUGCGAGAACACUCUCGAAGGUACUCGAGUAUUGUAAGAAACACUUGAUUGAUCUCAACACCGAUUUUGACUACAGUGAGUGGGAUAAAGAUUUUGUGGACGUGGAAGUACGGAUGCUUUAUGAUUUAAUCAUGGCAGCUGACUAUCUUAAUAUUCCACCUUUGAUCGAUCUAAUUUGUGACAAGAUUGCAUCCUUGUUCAAAGGACAGACACCGGAGAAGAUCCGUGAGAUUUUUAACAUUGAGAAUGAUUUUAGCAAAGAGGAAGAGGAAGACUUUAAGAAGAAGAGUGGAUGGGCUUUCAAAUGA